AAACGAGCGACUCUGCAAGGCCUUGCGCACUUCGCCUUGUGUAAAACCCACAAGGUUCUUCGCCAAAACGCUGCCCAUCCGCCAGUCGUCCCAAUUCCCCACCUUUCGCGGCGACCACCGACUCUUCCGGGACCACGGAGACGCGCCCUCCUUCACCUCCCGCAAAUGCCGAUACACCACGUCGUCUUCCCCUCCCCCCACCGCCUCCGGUUCCGCCUCCGGUUCGCGUCCCACCGCCUCCGGUUCCGCCUCCGGUUCGCGUCCCACCGGUUCCGGUUCCGCCUCCAGUUCGCGUCCCGCUUCGGACACACGCGC